UUUGGUGGGGUGGAUGUAACGACGUUGAGGGAGUCGCCAAUAGCCAGAAUGUUAUUAUAACGUGUUAUAGAUGUUACAUAGGGUAUAACGCUCUAAGCCUCUACUGGAGUGUGGCUGGAACUGCACGCUAAUAACCACUAACACUCCUUGUGAAGUCGAAAGGGUUUGAAGGAUUUUUCUUGAUUGGUAAACACCCAAGGGUAAGGUUGGAACAAAAGGAAAGAAGCAGAUUUAUGAAGAAAAUAAGGAGACAUUGAGUUUCUACUUGCGCAUCAUCCUUGGAGCUACAGUGUUAUGCGGAGCAAUUAAUCUCGGAAUAUUUUACAGCUCUUCUAAUUUCUGGACGUGGGCAACACUGGUGUUCAGUGGGAUAGUGUAUGCUGGAGCUUAUCGUUCCAUGCGAAGCAUGGCCCAGGCAUCUUUUUCUGAAGAUGGAAGCCUUCUAGAUGGAGGAAUUGACCUGAACAUGGAGCAAGGAAUGGCAGAACAUCUGAAGGAUGUUGUGUUGCUGACAGCAAUAGUACAGGUCCUUAGCUGUUUUUCACUGUACUUCUGGUUCUUCUGGCUGUUGGCUCCUGGUCGUGCACUGUAUCUGCUCUGGAUUAAUGUUCUUGGUCCUUGGUUCACUGCUGAUAAUUCUUCUACAGUUCCGCAAGAGCAAAAUGAAAAACGACAACGACGUCAAGAACGAAGGCAAAUGAAGAGAUUCUGAUGUACUUUUUAAUAUCAUUGGAUUUGAAGAGUCUUAAGAUAACAGACUGUGUUUGCACACUAGGAAAAUGGAAACAGGGGACAUAUAUAAAAAAAUUAUAUAAACAAUAUAACAGCUGCUGUACCAUAAUUUUUAGUCUGCAGAAGCCAGUAUCAUAGGACUUCUGUGUGCAGGCCUUGCUGGAGAAUAUGCAAAUGGAGUUUUUUCAGAAACUGUUUACAUGCAGGUUUGCUUAUCAUUUUCAGACUGUAUUGAAAGCCAUAAAACCAUCAUUUAAUAUUA